AUGUCGACAACUAUUUACGAUGGGGCCAAUCACGGACAAGCCCUUCUUGAAUGCGCAGGAGUUCAGCGAUCUGAUGCCGAAGCUGUUCAAUCAGUAGUUACUGAAGGCUUGGAAGUUGUCUGUAAGGAUGCCACAGCUGAAAAGGUUGAUUCUAUGACGCUUCUAGCCGUUGAAAAGGCCGUCCAGAGCUCCGCGAAGAUCAGCCAUGCUGAUACCAAUGAAUAUCCCUGGUCACCCACCCAUGGACGACGGUUGCCAAUGGUCACCGUCGUGUUCUCCUUGCUUCCCCUUGCCCAAGUUAAUUCGUGCAAAGUAGCGUCUCUUGUUCCAGCGUCUAAUUAUCACCCAAUACGGCCGCUAGCCACAGUCGUGUCCUUCAUGGUUGGGAAAGUGCGUGUUGUCCAGGCAACCUGCGACCCGUCUAACCAGAACCCCACACUGCCAUGUACGCUGAGAGGUUCCUAUGAUCUCAGCAUGUCCUGCUAUAACAAAUCUUCAGUUCGUGAUAUUGUGAAAUGGAUCCUUUGUCCACCAGAGCUGGCCCAGGGCCUUCCCUUGAGAGGCAAGGAGGCGUGA